AGGAGGAUCGCCGUCGUGUGCAGCGGGAGGCCCGGGCCAGCGCCGCAGCCUGCAGUCUCUCUGCCCGCAGGACUGAGCCCUCGCCGCCUGAACGCUCGGGCUCCGGCCGCCGUGGCCUCGGGAAACGGCUGUUUACGGGUUUAUGUGAAAGGCACAGCCGGUGGGUGUUUGAGAAUAAGUGCUGAGAUCAUGCAUGAUGUGAUAAAGAAGGUCAAGAAGAAGGGGGAAUGGAAGGUGUUGGUGGUGGACCAGCUGAGCAUGAGGAUGCUGUCCUCCUGCUGCAAGAUGACGGACAUCAUGACCGAGGGCAUCACAAUUGUGGAAGAUAUCAACAAGCGCCGGGAGCCUCUCCCCAGCCUGGAGGCCGUGUAUCUCAUUACUCCGUCUGAGAAGUCCGUCCACUCUCUCAUCAGUGACUUUAAGGACCCCCCGACUGCUAAGUACCGGGCUGCACACGUCUUCUUCACUGACUCUUGCCCAGAUGCCCUGUUUAAUGAGCUGGUGAAGUCCCGAGCAGCCAAAGUCAUUAAGACACUGACGGAAAUCAACAUUGCGUUCCUCCCAUACGAAUCCCAGGUGUAUUCCUUGGACUCUGCGGAUUCUUUCCAAAGCUUCUACAGCCCCCACAAGGCACAGAUGAAGAAUCCCAUCCUGGAGCGCCUGGCGGAGCAGAUCGCGACUCUGUGCGCCACCCUGAAGGAGUACCCCGCCGUGCGGUACCGGGGGGAGUACAAGGACAAUGCCUUGCUGGCUCAGCUAAUCCAGGACAAGCUCGACGCCUAUAAAGCUGAUGACCCAACGAUGGGGGAGGGCCCAGACAAGGCGCGCUCCCAGCUCCUGAUCCUGGAUCGUGGCUUUGACCCCAGCUCCCCUGUGCUUCAUGAACUGACCUUCCAGGCAAUGAGCUAUGACCUGCUGCCUAUUGAAAAUGAUGUGUAUAAGUACGAGACGAGUGGCAUCGGCGAGGCGCGGGUAAAGGAAGUGCUCCUGGACGAGGAUGACGACCUGUGGAUCGCGCUGCGCCACAAGCACAUCGCGGAGGUGUCCCAGGAAGUUACCCGGUCUCUGAAAGACUUUUCUUCUAGCAAGAGAAUGAAUACUGGAGAGAAGACCACCAUGAGGGACCUGUCACAGAUGCUGAAGAAGAUGCCCCAGUACCAGAAAGAGCUGAGCAAGUACUCCACCCACCUGCACCUUGCUGAGGACUGCAUGAAGCAUUACCAGGGCACCGUCGACAAGCUCUGCCGGGUGGAGCAGGACCUGGCGAUGGGCACGGAUGCCGAGGGGGAGAAGAUCAAGGACCCCAUGCGAGCCAUCGUCCCCAUUCUGCUGGACGCGAACGUCAGCACGUAUGACAAAAUCCGCAUCAUCCUGCUCUACAUUUUCCUGAAGAAUGGCAUCACUGAGGAAAACCUGAACAAGCUGAUCCAGCACGCCCAGAUCCCCCCGGAGGACAGCGAGAUCAUCACCAACAUGGCUCACCUCGGCGUGCCCAUUGUCACGGACUCCACGCUGCGGCGCCGGAGCAAGCCGGAGCGGAAGGAGCGUAUCAGCGAGCAGACCUACCAGCUCUCCCGGUGGACCCCGAUCAUCAAGGACAUCAUGGAGGACACUAUUGAGGACAAACUUGACACCAAGCACUACCCUUACAUCUCCACCCGCUCCUCUGCCUCCUUCAGCACCACUGCUGUCAGCGCCCGCUACGGGCACUGGCAUAAGAACAAGGCCCCAGGAGAGUACCGCAGUGGCCCCCGCCUCAUUAUUUUCAUCCUUGGGGGCGUGAGCCUGAAUGAGAUGCGCUGUGCUUACGAAGUGACCCAAGCCAACGGCAAGUGGGAGGUGCUGAUAGGAUCCACGCACAUUCUCACCCCACAGAAACUGCUGGACACGCUGAAGAAGCUGAAUAAAACAGAUGAAGAAAUAAGCAGUUAAAAAAAUAAGCCCCCUCCAACGCCCGCCCCUCUGCUCCCUCCCGUGCUCCGACCGCCUUCCAUGACUUCGCUGACACUCCGUCCAUUGCCCCCAGCUCUGCACGCCCGGCCGCCGGCACUGUCGCUGCCGCGUUCUCGUGUUUAAUGAUGCCCUGCCCUCGUUUGAAACGAGAAAAUAAUGCAUUGUGUUUUUUAAGAAGAGUACCUUGUAUAUGUCCCCUGACAGGAGGAGUUCACGUGCAAGCGCCACGCUGCGGGAGUUUGCACUGUUUAGGUGAACGGACGCCUUCUCCCCCUUAUUUAUGACCGUGACCUUGUACAUAGCCCUGCGUGACAUGCGCAAAUCGCUCGAGAAUGGAAAGGUAGAUGUUUGGAUGUUUUUAAAAACUUGCGUUGGGUGUUCCUUUUCUCAUUGGGAACCACAGCUUUGUCUGUGUUCUCGGGGUAUCUCACACUGAGGAUAAAGCUUACCUUCACCCCCCUCUCCACCCUUUGGUGCCUGCCAUUGUCCAGAGAAGCUGGGAAACGACCAUCGGGGCACAGCCCCUGAGCUUGGAGGUGAAACCACCCUCUUUGCCCUUCCCAGGCGCUCGCACCCCUGGUGCCCUGGUCGUGGGCAGGGGCUCGGGUGUCCGCUCAAAGCCAGGAUGGUGUCCUCUUCUCUAGAGUAAGUCACGGUGCCCAGACGUGAAAGCAGAGCCCCACUGGGACCUCGUCUCCUUUGGAGAAGCAGUUAGGCCCGAUCCUUCUGCUAGACCCCUUCCUCCUUCCCCAGAUCACCCAUAACUGCUCAUUUUCCCUGGUAGGGUCGGCCUGGGUAGAGCUCAGGGGUCAAGAAUGGACUAGAGCAGAUGGUCUCGGAGACUGCUGUCUCUUUGCAGGGGUCUUUGCCGUAGGGAAGGGUCCUUGGCCUGAAGAACAGCCCGUGGACUGAACAGACGUGUGCCCGCACAGCCAGCACCUCCUGUCAGGUUAUCCUCAGUCUAAGUUACGCCAUGACACUUUCUUCUGUGCAGCGUGGGGUCAUACGUCACUGUGCUUGUAAGAGAAGACGAUCGUUUUAUUCUCUGUAUAAAAACUUAGCUGUAUACAACUUAGCUCUAAAGCAAAAACUAACGAAGCGAAUGCAGGAAGGAUGUCUCGGCAUCCUCAAGACGCAGCAGCCCUCCGUCCUCCAGUAGUGAGCACACCAUUUGUCCUGCUGCUGUUGUCGUGAAAUAGAAUGACAGUGGAAGUCACAAAAAAUGUCCCCUGUCCAGCCCUCUCCCCGCCGCCCUUUAGCCCCCGCAGACUGUGCGUGUAUUUCUGUGUCUCGUGGUGUCGUUGCCAACGUGGUGUAUGCUAGUUCAACUCGGCCCGCUUCCCCGUCAGAACACGGUCCUCGGCCGCCCGUUAGAUGCAUCGUGCCUAACGUCCUCCUCCAGGCUUUGAAACGCCCCCUUCGCGCUCAGCUUAGUUUUCAGUCUCUCCUGCCGCCCCCGCAGGUGCCUCCUUCCCGAGGACAGAGCUGUAGGUACUUGCACUGUCGCUGCUCGUCGUCCCCUCCCUUGACCAAACGAUGCUCAUGCUUCAGGACCUUGUCUGUCGAACAUGUUGGUUUUCCUUUCUCUGUUAUUUAUAUAAAGAUAAUUUAUCAAAAGGAUAUUUUAAAAAAGCUAGUCUGUCUUGAAACUUGUUUACCUUGAGAAACUAUGCGCAUCUCCGUGUUUGGAAGUAUUGAAGCACAAACAUGUAUCAUCCCUGUACCGUUCUGUACUAAAGCACUCGGGUCGAGUCAAUAAAGACAUCAGUGCCCGCUCGCGGAGUCCGGGCUGCCCCCGGUCUGCUUU